AUGGAAGAAGCGGCGGAGGAGCAAGCAGCCGCGCCGUCCGUCGCGGAGUUCGGGGACGCGGCGGAGAACGGGAUGGAGGAGGAGGGAGCCUCUGCUUCCGCGGCGGCGGAGGAGGACGCUACGGUUGCCAGCGAAGGUGGGACUGAUGACGCAAAACGGCGUGGAGAUGCGUUUGCACAUGCCUUUUCUGCUCAUUUGGCAAGGUUGACUGAGGAGCCUGCUGCUUAUGGGAAGUUUGGUUUAGCCAACCUGUUGGAGUUGAGAGAAGAAUGUUUGAGAGAAUUUCAAUUUUUCGAUCCAUAUGUUAGUAUCAAGCAAAGGGAAAAUGAAGCUUCACUGGCUAUUUUACCUGAUCUACUCAUGGAACUUGAUAGUAUGGAUGAGGAAGAUAGAUUGCUUGCGCUAAUUGAAGGUGUCCUUGUUGCAAAAAUAUUUGAUUGGGGGUCUAAAGCUUGCGUGGACCUUUACAAUCAAGGAACCAUAAUAGAAAUUUAUCGCAUGAGCCGCAAAAAGAUGCAACGUCCUUGGCGGAUUGAUGACUUCGAUACGUUCAAAAGUAGAAUGCUUAAGAAGGAUCAGCCAUACAAAAGAGCACUUAUUUCUGUUGAUAACGCAUGUGCUGAUGUGGUCCUAGGAAUGCUUCCUUUAGCACGAGAAUUUCUAUGCCGUGGGGUUGAGGUAUAAAUUGAGAGUAUGAAAAUAAGAACACAUUUUGCUAGGUUUGCAACACAUUAUAGUUUGAAUUGAAAAGAACAAACGCUCUGCUGUUUCAAGAGAUUGCAUCAUGGACCGGAGACAAGCAAUAUAUUGCAU